UUUAUAUGUGAUAUAAAAAAUUAUUGGUUUUACCAGGAAAGGAUGGCGAGGAAAAACAAAUACCAUACCACAUACACAUAAAACAAAUUUCGCCCGCCUAAUUAGCGUGUAGGCAAUUCAUGAGAUUGCUUUUUUUUAAUACAUUGGCAGUUGUUGAAAAUAAAUUUUAAGAAUGUUUUAUUGGAAGCUUCUCAUAUGCUUACAGGUUUGGUUGUUGAUAUUAGCAUGACCUCCACUGCUCCGACAUCACCUUCAAGAUCUGAAUCCAGACAGCUUCAAGAUCCCUUUGGAGAAGUCGAAACGAAGACUCAAAACGACAGUGUCGUGAGUAACAAAGACAAAGGCCUAUUGGGCCAGAAGCCCAAUGACAACAAAACAAUAAAAGAGCUGAAGCCCAAAUCUGCUGUGUCCUCUUACAUCAGCCAACGGUCGAUCCCACCUGUACAAGCAAACAAAACCAGAGUGGAUACAAGGAAGAGGAGCGUGAUGAAGGGCUGUACGGAUCCAAUCAUCACCACAAAUAGGUUUGAUUGUCUGGCAACCUGCGAGACCUAAUAAGGAGUGAGACAGGUGUCAGUCUUGAUAUGUGUAAAACCCUAGCAUUGUUUAGCUAUAAAAGGGAACCUAUGAUAUAUCAAAACUUCAAGUGAAAUAAAACCUAAGAAAUGUUCACUCAGUUCUUACCUUAGUAGCCGUUUAUCUCUUGCUUUCAGUUGAGAGAUCAUAUUCGCACUAAUCUUUUUGUUUGCUUAAAUUUAAUAUUUUCGAUAGACUAACUGAAUAAUCUUUCUU